CAGUCGAUCAUCGAGGAAAUCGUGCUCCUCUUCGAGUCCGCCCGGAAAACGUCGAAGCGAUACGAGCUCGUUGCAGACCAGCAGGACCUGGUAGUGUUUGAGGACAGGGACAUGAAGCCAGCCGGGCGAGCGCUGCACAGGCGGCUGAAAGACCUCGCUUGUCGGAGACAGAAAGAUACGGGCCUGGUGAAGAAGACAGCAUGGGCACUCUACGACGGGAAGAGCCUGGAGAAAAUCGUCGACCAAAUCGCCGGCUUUGUUGACGAGCUGGAGAAAGCCUUCCCGGUCGAGGCCGUUUGUCACAAGCUGGCCGGGAUCGAGAUCGAAGAGGUGGAGGACGAAGCAAGUUUGACAAUGCUCAAGGAUGCCGCGGAAGGGAUCGACGAGGAUCUGUCAGGUGCGGCUGCACAGAAAGAUCGACGCAAUCGCGGGAAGGAACUUCGCCAAGGAUGUCAGGAUGGGGGGCCAUGCAAGGAUUGUGACGGGAACCAAUAUAAUACAGGGAAAAGCCGGCUGUAAGAUGGUUGAUUUGUCUAAAAUCUACAGUUGAAGAAGAAGGUAAUGUUACAGGCACGGCAAGGGCGUGGGAGAUAUGGUGGGCGUGGGGUGGGGCUUGCGGCCCUGCCCCGCCAGGAACUUCACCAUCCCGUGGCGCGUGGCGCG